AUGAAAAUUGAAGAGGAAAGGAGUAGAUCCUAUGAAGCCAUAACCACUGUGUUCACGGAGCCAAUUUACAGGCUCUUGGAAAAAAUCAAGGGAGAACCCUACUUCGUUUGGCCUUCUAAGAUGAUGGAGGACCCUGCUCGGCGCAAUCAGGAGUGGCGGUGCACCUAUCAUCGUGAGAAGGGGCAUAAGACGCAGAACUGCAGAGACCUUAAGAGGCAUCUUGAAGACUUGGUCACUGUCGGCCAUCUCCAACAAUGGAUUGAUGUGGAGAAGACAAGGGCAAAACAGGGACAACCCCUAGCCCCUCCACCAGAAGACCAAGCCCCAAGGCUAGUGAUCAACGUCAUCCAUGGGAUGACCGACCCCCAAAGGGAGAAUGCCCUUCGUGGCGAGAUUCAGAGAGCCACGCACUUGCAACAAGUCAUGUCAGUAAGACCAUUGCUCAAGAAGUCCAGAACGGAAGGAAAUUCCUCUUAG